AUGUUACCAGCUUAUGAGUCAGUAGCUUCGCUGAGAAGAACAUUGAAAGACGAUUAUGCAAAUAAUCCUUUGAAUGGUCCUUUUGCUCAAAAGCAACACCACGCUCAAUCGCAACAUACAAAAGUCGACCCCUCACAACAACAAAUAAUAACAGCUUGUGUAAAAGAUAAUCAAUCCAAAUCAGAUGCGGGCCGAGUUAAACGAAACCCACGAUAUUACCAGGAUGUACUAAUAUCCAAGUUUUGUUGCCAACAAAUUCUUCAGCAUGCAAUUAGCGGUGGUGACAAUGAGAUAAUGGGGAUGUUAGUAGGUGUUACCCACGGUUCAACUUUUAUUGUCACACAAUCGUUCCCUUUGCCUAUCUUAGGAACCGAGACUACAGUUAAUGCAAUGUCUGAAUCUUACGAAUAUAUGGUACAGUAUAUGAAUAGCAUAUUCUCUGAUGUAGAUAAAAUGAAUCAUAUAGUUGGAUGGUAUCAUUCACAUCCAGGUUAUGAUUGUUGGUUAAGUAAAACAGAUAUGACUACACAAAAUUUGAACCAAUCAUACCAGGAUCCAUACUUGGCAAUAGUGGUGGAUCCGAAGAAAAGUGUUGAACAGGGUGCUAUUCGAAUUGGAGCCUUUAGAACAUCAACUCUAAGAAAUGAUGAGGUUAUCAGGGAUAUGAACGAUAAUGUCAUUGCCUCUGAGAAAUCGCCACAGGAUGAAAAUGAAAAUUUGACUUUUUAUGAAUUGCCCAUGAGGGUUUAUGAAUCGGAUUUGGAUAUAAUUCUGAGGUCUGAUAAACUUUCCCAUAGAUUGAUCCCAAGUGAUAUAAAUCAUGAAACCCAAUUAUUUGACGAUUUAUUUGAAAGUAUGAACCAGAUCAACAAUUUUAACGAACUUCUUAUCGAUGAAGAGAACCAAUUAUAUGGUAUGAAACCUGAUUUCACCACACAGACUAUGGGCCCACCAAAUCAAGAUAUGGGCGCCUCGACGCAUACCAAGAUGAAGAGAAGUAUGUCAACUUCUAUGUGUAGCACACCUUCUAUUGAUAACGAAAGUGAUAUUGAUAUGAUACAUGAUAUAUAUAGUGAAAAGGACCCUGAUUUGGAAAGUGUCACGAGCAGCGUGGGGACAGCUCCGGAAAAUAGUAUCACAUUAUUGAGAUCACAUUUUAACAAUGGUUCGACAAAUGAAAAUAGCCCUGGAAAUCCCCUUACUUUACAACGUAGAUUAGUCGGAAAUUCUCGAGCAAUUGACGAGAGUUUAUCGAGUAUGCAAGAAUCAACAGAAUCAUUGAACAUUAAUGGGCACCGCGGGUCGAAGUUGCACAGUAUCGAUGAUCUGACAUUUAGUCUUCAAAAGAACAAUCUCCGAUCUGCUUAUGAAAAAAGUAAAGGAGAAUUACUAAGAUAUAAAAUACAAGAGUACAAGAACUAUCGUUUCUAUAGAGAUACAUUUACUUUAUAA